GCUGCCGGCCAGCCACACUCACAGGAUUGUUUGUUAAUAGUCCAAUUAGAUAAUUGCCAUCUUUCACUCCUUUUCCUCUCUGUUUCCCAUAAAGACAUGAAUGACACUCAGGGAGGGGGGUGGCUUGAAGAGGGCUUCUGCCUAGCUAAGGUGACAAGAAGGGCAAGAGAAUGCCCCUUGCACUAGGCCACAGGUUUGAAUUGAAUCACUGUGGCCUAAUCAAUGGUCUUAUUGGAUUACUGGCCACUGCUGUGUUCUGAGAUAUUGUUGCACUGACAAUGAAAAUAGCUAAGAGUUUGGUGGUUGGGUGGGUGGGUGGGUAGUGGGCUGGACGGCAAGUGGUAGAGAGAGGUAGGGGCCAUUCCAGAGGUAUGUGUGACUGAGCAAGAGAGUGGAGGUAGACCAAGCACUAAUGAUGAGUUUUGUUCUUCUUUUUGUCUUUUUCAAACACGCAGGUUAAGAUUAUAAGAGCUGAAGAUGGCUUCUGGGGUGCAAUCAUUUGAAUACAGAAGAAUGUGGCAUUAGUGGCUAGGACUUCGCUGGUUUGUUCUGCAUAGCUCUUUGAGUGAACAGAAGACGACAGAGGAAACUUUAACACGAUUUUCGUUAAAGCAGAGCACGGUGUUGGUCCAGCGCUCAAACUGUGGCUCAUUGCCUUCAUAUAUUUUGAUCGACAUGGAUUUGUUUGUUAUCCUCUUCACUUGAAUGUCUCUGUCCCUCUCUCUUUCUCAGUGUCUCUUGCCUACAGUAGCAUAGAGGCGAGAUCCACACAUUGCAGAAUUUCGUUGAUUGGCGAGAGAGCUGAAGGGAAAAAUGGAAUCAAAGUUCGCUGACAUGCUGCGGCAAUCAGGUGUGCUGUGAAAAGUCAGGGAGAAAAAUGUCUGGCUGUGUUCUGCAGAUGGAAGAAUGAAGCACCCGGGAACUUUUUUCACGUCUGGAGGAGUCGUACCCCUGUGAUUGUAUGCGUUCAUGUGGGGUUCAGGGAGGCUUGGUUGCGAGACUAGACCAAUCAUUUGUCUUGAUUCUCUGGGCUGAGAGCAGGCAAACUGAGGGGGACGGGACAAGCAAACCCCUCUAUCAAGACCUGAUCUAUUUCCCCAAACAAUUUAGUGUAUUCAUGAGGUUACGCAAAUGUGGAGGCAGCAAAAUUACCGUAAUCAAUUGAAACAGCGAGUGCGCAUCCAUGGCUCUGAUUAUCUGGAGAUCAUCUAUCAACCUGAUGUCUAUGUAACAAGGAAAAGGUGGCAUUGAAUUACUGUUCAGUUUCACUGAGAAGUCCAUGAUCAUUGGGCAAGGGAGUUUGGUCAUUGAUAAUAGGGCUCCUUGGUCGGCUGACGGAAGUAUUUCACCAAACAUUAGAUAGCUACCUCUGUCCUGCUGAAAGGUGGUGUUUUGAAACUAAAACCCACACUGUCCAGACAAUCUGGUGCGCCGUGUUCUUCGUAAUCUUCUUUUUUUCCUCCUGACAAAAGAAAAAAGAGGCGGACAAGCUGCAAGUCCAAGAGGAUAAACUGAGCAUGGAGGUCAGGUACAACCAAGAGACGGAAGGGAUGGGGCUGAAGAAUGGACUCAAAAAGGGAAAAGAUGACAAGGACUCCCAAGGCAGUUUGUCCAAAAGCUUCCUCAAGGAGCAGCAGGACUCCUUUUCCCCCUCUGGGACCAUGGACAACUGCGAGAAGAACAGGGGGAGCACGGGGGACCCAGAAUACUGUCGGAGAAUACUAGUCCGAGAUGCUAAAGGCUCCAUCCGAGAGAUUAUCCUGCCGAAGGGUUUGGAUUUGGAUCGACCCAAGCGAACCCGCACCUCCUUCACUGCAGAGCAACUCUACCGCUUAGAGAUGGAGUUUCAGAGGUGCCAGUAUGUGGUUGGGAGGGAACGGACAGAACUGGCCCGCCAGCUCAAUCUGUCUGAAACACAGGUGAAGGUCUGGUUCCAGAACCGUCGCACUAAGCAGAAGAAGGACCAGGGGAAGGACUCUGAGCUGAGAUCAGUUGUUUCAGAAACAGCAGCAACCUGCAGUGUCCUGAGGCUGUUGGAGCAGGGUCGGCUGCUGACUCCUCCAGGCCUUCCGGGCCUCCUGCCACACUGUGGUAGUGGCACGCUGGGGUCUGCCCUGCGGCCUCCGUCCAUGGCCAUGGCCAGCAAUGGCAGCAGUAGCAGCAGCAGCAGCAGCAGCAGCAGUGGUGGGAGCACCGGUACGGCAGGCAGCAGCCCUCCUCUACCUUCCGCCACCAGCUCAGGAACAGUGGCAGGCCUGCAAAGCUCACCAGCAGCUCAUAGCUUCUUCAGCUUUCCCAUGCCCUCCUUACUCAGUGGCGUCACCACCCGCAUAUCCUCCAACCCACUGUCUGUGGCUGGCUCAUUAGCUGGCAACCUGCAGGAACUUUCUGCCCGCUACCUGAGCUCCUCUGCUUUUGAGCCUUACUCGCGGACCAAUGGCAAAGAAUCCAUGGACAAGAAAAUUCUGGAAUGAUGAUUUGUUUUUGCAUAUAUAUAUAUAUAUAUGAAUUUUUGGUUUCCUCUGGACAUGUUUUAGUUGUUAUCUUGGCUUUUAUUGUCUUUGUUUGGUUUUGCUCAUUCCCUUUCAUCUGUCUGUGUCACGUUCUGUAGCAGUUCUUGUAUUCCAGUUGCACUUCUGGUGCCUUGUACCAGUUAACAAACUAAGACCUUCACAAACUCAUCUAACAGAGUGGCAGUGGAAAGAUUUUGCACAAAAUGCUAAUCACCUUUGUUACAGAGAUUUAGAGACGCAGGAGGGUGCUGAUACUGUAUCUUUCAGGUUUCCAUGAAGCAAAUGUCUUCAAUCUAUUAAUACAAAAUAACAAUACACAAAGGAGCCCAAAAAAUAUGGUUGCU